AUGAGCGCUCCGCAGCAAAAGGAUGUGUGAGCAGGCAGCGCGCUACUGUAGGGACGGAGUCCACAAACUGCUCAACAAAGAACAAGCCAAACUUCGAGCCCAAGAAAGCCGCGAGCAGCCGAACCCCGUAGCCAGUCAGGACAGCGAGUCCGCGACGGCAGCACAGUCCGGAAACAGCGGCGCCCAGCCCGGUGGAAUCGACGGGCUCGUCCGCUGGAUAGUCACCAAAAUGAGCGACAACAAGAACAUCUCCAGCCGGGAGUACGCUUCCAGCAAGGAGGAGGUGGCCGUGGCUCAGGAGCAGUUCUUCGCCCCGGAGCCACGGAGAGGCAUCUCCGUUAUUUUGGAUAUAUUCAGAAGAGCCGACAAAGAUGAUGAUGGGAAGCUGUCUCUGGAUGAGUUCCAGGCUUUCUUCUCUGAUGGCACGCUGAACGAGGAAGAGCUGGAGAAGCUGUUUCACACCAUCGACUCUGAUAACACCAGUAAUGUUGACACUAAGGAACUCUGUGACUACUUUGCCAAGCACAUGGGCGACUAUGAGGGAGUUCUGGCCUCGCUGGAAACACUCAACCUUUCCAUCCUCAAAGCCAUGGACUUCACCAAAAAGGUUUAUGAGAGAGGAACCAACGUGGAGCAGUUUGUGACCCGUUUCCUGCUGAAGGAAUCGGCCAAUCAGAUCCAGUCUCUCCUGAGCUCUGUGGAGAGUGCCGUGGAUGCUAUUGACGAGCAGCACAGCCAAUCACGUCAUCUACCUGCCAAGGUGAGUCCACGGAUGUCAGAGAGGCGCAACGAAAACACUGUCCCUGACUAUCCCCCAAACAACAGAGUCAGUGCCAGGGAGGCAGUCAGGACCAUUAACACUGCUUCAGGUGCAGUAGAGGUGAGGAAAGAAGGUCUGGACGCUCAGAUCAACCGCCUGGCGGAACUCGUCGGACGACUGGAGAAUAAGACAGUCUGGUUGGAUCUGCACCAGAGGCUAACAGACACAGAUGGCACUACCAGCGCAUCCUUGCUGCUGAUUCGUCAGGAGAUGGUGGUUUCACAGAAGAAGCUCGCCGACUUUUGCGAGGCUCUGAAGCAGUACCUGAAGAACGUCUCCACUCAGAGAGACUGCUUUCAUGUGACUGCGGUGCGUCUGCCAGAUGGUUUAUCCUUUGUCGUCUACGAGUUCUGGGAUGGAGAGGAGGAGUGGAAGAGGCACCUCCAGUCGGCCCCCAACAAAGCCUUUCAGCAUGUGAAGGUGGACACACUGUGCCAGCCGGAGGCCGUGUCCUCUGUAGCCGUGCCAGCGGCCUGGUGCAGUGUGAACAGGGACUAAGAAUGAAGAUAUACAACUACAUGCCACGACUCCUGGACACUCCCCACCUCCGCUUGAA